AUUCCAUUAUUAUUAUUAUUAUUAUUAUUAUUAUUAUUAUCAUUAUUAAUAUUUCUGUCUAGUAUUAUUUGACUCUAUGUGGAAUGUAAAUUUCCCUUUGAAAUCAAGUGGAAUUAGAGUGAGUUUUUGAUUGAAUUCUUCACGCAGCAGUCGAUACAGACGGAAAUUUGUUGUGGCCUAUUUGAUAAUCAAUUGGGCCUCCUCAAGAAAAUAAUUAGAAGAACCACUAUUUCUCGAAGCUGCAAUUACUUGUGUCUGUUUCCGGGAACCUUGUCUGUCUUCUCCCUUACCUUAAUGGUUUCGGGAAGUUGCCACCGUCGCUCUCGCAUCGACCUCAUCAUCGCUGACAUAUGCUAAUAAAAUAACCUCCCACUUAGGCAUCGAAUAUCAUUAUUUUUUCUACCGACGUGGACUUGCACUUGAUUGAGAGUGUCUGAUUUUUCACAUAAAAACUACGAUGUCUUGGUCGGUCAGAAGUACACCGAUAACCGGCGUAGAGUCAUCGGAAUUUGUACACGACAUUUUAAAGUUGAGGAGAGAAGAAAAGAUGAAGCAGGAAAUUUACCAGAGAGUUAUCAACGAGCCUGAGUAUAAAGACAAGAGGGUUGAGCUCGAGGAAGGGAUGGAGCGGCUUCGUAGGAAGAUCAAACACAUCCAAGAAAUGAACUUGAAAACUCCAAGUAAACACUGGGACGACGUAUUUGCAUUUUUAGAAAACACAACCAUUUUAUUAUUUCUUUUAUUAUUACUAUUACACGUGUGUAGGAUCAUUGUAGUGAUGCUUCUGCCUGAACUGUUCUUGGAGUGCGUUCUAGAAAAAGGUGUCUUUGAGCCUAGUAAAUUCGGAACGAACUUUAAUUUAUCUUGGACAAUGUUGUUUGGUGGUUAUCCGUGUGUACCUGUAUAUCUGAACUGUGCUGAUGACGACCAAACCUGAAUACAUACGGUAUUCUACCGCCAGUGUCAAGACAUCAUUCAAAAAAUGAUCUUCGGCAACCAUUACAGUACUAGACCUGUAAUAAUUGUAUAAUGAGAAUUUAUUUGAUUAUUAUUUAAUUAAUGUAUUUAAUCAAUCUAUUUAAAUUAUUCCCCCACGCGGUGGUAUUAUUUCGUUUACUGUAUCUGGUUAACUAUUAUUGGCUCGUCUUCGCAUGAUAGAGAAUCAGGAACAGAACAUGUUGACUUGGUAUCGUUGUACAACAGGAACUGAAUACAAUAGGAACCAAAAAAAUAAUGUUAACAAGGAUGUAAUUUUAUAGAAAUAAAUACUUUAGUGGUACACGCCGAUACACUAUUCAAUUUGUUUUAUGAAGAAAAGCGUGCAUCUUAAACUCUGCCCAUGCUAUCAAGUGACAAAUAGGCCUAUCUGUGAUUUACCCCCAUAUAUGGGCAUGGCGAUGUCAUAUCACAUUCAUCUGUAUAUUACUGUAUCGUCAGAUAAAAAUGGUAGGGACUAGAUGUCAUAAUGUGUUCGGUGAUUAUUAGCAUCGACAGCACACAUUGUUGAUCAAUCAGGCCUAUGGGAUGAAUGAGAUCACAAUGGCGGAUUCAGACGAAGAAGGGGAGGUGUCGUACUCCUCUUUUGACCAGCAAAACUGUAUUUUUUCUCGUAAAAAUCGAUUCCAAUUCUCCUGAUGACGAUUGCAUUUAUUUUUAUCCACUGAAUAAAUAAUUACAAUUUA